GGGAAAAUGGCGGCACUCAGAGCCCUUGGAAGGCUGCGGGCACCUUCAGGGUUGUUAGGCAGCCGGUGGCUAAAGCUGCCCCAGCCCGUCAGAGGCAAGCAAUGGCAGCCAGAUGUAGAAUGGACCGAGCAGUAUGCUGGAGCCGUCAUGUAUCCCAGCCCCAUCACAGAGAAAUGGGUUCCGGCUCCUUGGAAUGAUAAGGACCCACCAGUUGAGAAAACGGUUUCAAACCUCACCAUCAAUUUCGGGCCCCAGCACCCGGCGGCCCACGGCGUGCUGCGACUUGUCAUGGAGCUGAGCGGGGAGUCUGUGAAACGCUGUGACCCUCACAUUGGCCUGCUGCACCGUGGCACUGAGAAACUUAUUGAGUACAAGACCUACCUCCAGGCAUUACCUUACUUUGACCGCCUGGACUAUGUAUCCAUGAUGUGUAAUGAACAGGCUUAUUCCCUGGCCGUAGAAAAACUGCUGAAUAUCCAGCCUCCGCCCAGAGCUCAGUGGAUUCGAGUGCUUUUCGGAGAGAUCACUCGCAUUCUAAAUCACAUCAUGGCGGUCACCUGUCACGCAUUGGACAUCGGCGCCAUGACCCCCUUCUUUUGGAUGUUCGAGGAGAGGGAGAAGAUGUUUGAGUUUUACGAGCGUGUCUCGGGGGCUAGAAUGCACGCUGCUUACGUUCGUCCUGGCGGAGUACAUCAGGACAUGCCUUUAGGCUUGAUGGACGACAUCUAUGAAUUCAUAAAGAAUUUCUCUAUCCGAGUGGAUGAAGUGGAAGAGAUGUUGACAAACAACAGAAUUUGGAAGAACAGAACUGUGGAUAUUGGAGUGGUUUCAGCUGAGGAUGCUUUGAAUUAUGGAUUCAGCGGUGUCAUGCUUCGUGGCUCUGGGAUCCAGUGGGACUUGAGGAAAUCACAGCCCUAUGAUGUGUAUGAUCAGGUUGAAUUUGAUGUCCCAAUUGGUUCACGGGGAGACUGUUAUGACAGAUACCUGUGUCGUGUGGAGGAAAUGCGCCAGUCAAUGCGGAUCAUCCUUCAGUGUCUGAACAAAAUGCCAGAAGGAGAGAUAAAAGUAGAUGAUGCCAAGGUGUCUCCCCCGAAGAGAUCAGAAAUGAAGCGCUCCAUGGAGAGUCUGAUCCAUCAUUUCAAACUUUACACCGAAGGAUACCAGGUGCCCCCAGGGGCCACUUACACUGCUAUUGAGGCACCUAAGGGUGAAUUUGGGGUCUACCUGGUAUCCGAUGGGAGCAGUCGCCCGUACCGCUGUAAGAUUAAAGCCCCAGGAUUCGCUCACCUGGCAGGUUUGGAUAAGAUGUCACAAGGACACAUGCUCGCCGAUGUUGUUGCUAUUAUUGGAACUCAGGAUAUUGUGUUUGGGGAAGUGGAUCGAUAAUCUGAUUGGCUCACACCAAAGAACAGCAUGACAGGAUUGGCUGGGAACCGGCAAAGCUCUUAUAUGACCAUGUGAUGGGUGUGGUUCUUCCAUCCGGCGUAGGCGCCACGUGUCCGUGUAUUUAAAUCCCCACGUUUCCGCUUUGAAUAUGAAUAAAUAUUAUGGUUUCUC